CACAUUCUCUGCCGGGAAUUUCGUUAGUGCAAGGUGUUUACGCGAGAUGCAAGGUCAGGGAAAUGCAGAAUAUUCAGUUAUAAAGUCCAAAUGUGUUUUUGUCGGUGAACAUGGGGUGGGGAAAACAUGUAUUAUUUUGCGAUUUAUGCACGAUACUUUUGAUCCUACGUAUCACGCCACAAUAGGAAUUGAUUUUGUUUCAAAAACCUUGUGUUUUAAUGAAAAAUCUGUACGUUUACAACUGUGGGAUACUGCCGGACAGGAGAGGUUUCGCAGCCUUAUUCCUAGCUACAUAAAGGAUUCAUCCGUCGCCAUUGUUGUAUAUGACGUAACAAGUCGCGAAUCCUUUAUGAAAGCAAGUGAUUGGAUAAAAGAAAUUCGUGCGGAACGUUCAUCGAAAACACUAAUAUUUCUUGUUGGGAAUAAAGUUGAUUUAGUUGAUGAACGUGUUAUAUCAACUGAAGAGGCUGCUGAGAAAGCUGAGAAAGAACACUUAUUCUUCGUUGAAACAAGUGCGAAAACAGAUUUCCAAAUAAAAAAAUUAUUUGAUGAAGUUGUGGAAGAGAUUGUAAAGAGUACACAUACUUCAGAUGAAAAUGGACAUUUAUCUGAUAAUAUUGAAUUACAUGAAGAAAGCAAAGGAUGGAAAUGCUGGUGCUUUUAAAGUAAUUUACAUUGAACUGCCUUAACUGGUGUAUAUCUUUACUUAAAUAUAUUACACAAAAUAUCACUUUGAAAUUUAAUUUCUGUAAGUGACUGCUGAAUACAGCUCAAAUAGUAGUUUUUAAAGAAAAGAUAAUACCUUCUAUUACUAACUUUUUCAAAAUGUAAAUCAUUACUGAUGAUUGGAUACAUAUAUAUAUUGACAAAUUAUUCAGUUACUUUGAUCAUGUAGAGGAGAUGUGUAAACAAAACAAAAGAAAACUGAACGUUCAAUAAUGAUCAUAACAACAUGUUUUAAAUUUACUUAUUUUUCCAUUUUCUACAACUCUUUUUGUUUUGCAUUCUUCUUUUUAUCCACGUAUUGUGCUCAGAAGAUGAAUUUUAUUCGGCUACUAAUUACAUAUUUUAUUUCCUUUCUUGCCUUAUUGCCUUCCAGCUUCUCUUUUCCCUUGUAUUCGGACGAAUUGUUAGAUUCCCUUUCACUUCAUCCCGCAAAAUAGUGACCAUUAAAUGUAUUUUCAGUUAACUGAAGGUUUUUCAAUUGUAUUGUUCUGCUACUCUGUUUAUAACAUUCUUUUCAGAAAAUAAACUUUUCGUAU